AUGGAGCACCAGAUUGCCAAUUGUCCACUAAUCAGUGAUGCUCAAUCAGCUGGCAAACCAAACCCUAAACCAACCAAUGUAGGAGGGACCAGGUCAAGGGUGCCAGCCAGGGUAUACUCUUUGGACCAGCAAUCGGUACCUGAACCAUCGAAAGUAGUGGAAGACCCUGGUGCAACCCAUUCUUUUGUUACCCCCGCAUUUAUGUUUGGAAUUGAUGUGAAAGCCGAAAGGCUACCAUAUGACCUAGAAGUGAAGACACCUACGGGUAACCAAUCUUUACUUGCCAAUGAGGUGUAUAGAAACUGUGAUAUUUGGGUUGGUGAGUGGAAAUUAGUCAUUGACCUUAUAAGUCUAACUAUUAAGGGAUACGACGUUAUUUUAGAAAUGGAUUGGCUAGCUCAUUAUCAUGCUCGAGUAGAUUGUCGUAUGAAGGUGGUUGAGUUUUGCAUACCGAGUGAGGCAACUCUAAAACUAGACGUGAGGGGUAUGCUAGCCUCAUCUGCCCUUAUUUCGGGAAUAAGGGUUAGGAAAUUGCUUAGUUAUGGGGCACGGGGUUAUCUAGCUUUUCUAGUUAACACUCCAGGAGAAAAGAUUAAGUUAGAAGAUAUGCCGGUGAUCAAUGAGUAUCCAGACAUGUUUCCGGAGGAGCUGGUGUCAUUGCCACCCAAAAGAGAGAUUGAAUUUAGGUUGACCUAG